AUGUCUUCAACCAUUCAAUCUGGCUUCCACCUUGCAGACAGCAAAGGCUAUAUGCUUGGCCGAGGUCAUGCCGCUGCUUGUCGCCUCAACCUCCAAUUCUACCUUUGGAAAGAAUCCCUGAAAUUCAACAUCCACCCUUCCAUUCCCAUCCCUCCCAAUCCCGCCAUCGCGGACAUCGGCACCGGAACUGCUAUCUGGCUACUCGAUGUAGCCCACUCAGCACCUACUGCCACACUUGACGGCUACGACAUCGACCUCUCCAAUACCCCUCCAACCCAAUGGCUCCCCAAGCACCUUACUCUCCAUGACUGGAACCUCUUUGACCCUGUCCCAGAGCACCUAGUGGGAAAAUACGACAUGGUCCACCUCCGCCUCCUUAUACUUGUCGUGCAGAACAGUGAUCCGGUUCCCGUCAUCCGGAACGUAGCACGUCUACUCAAACCGGGUGGAUACAUCCAAUGGGACGAUCUCAAUUACCCAGACACCCAUGUGGUAAAGGCAGACCCCGCGUUGGCAACCCCCGCAUUUGAUCAGCUGCUCCAAUUCGUUUACUCAAAUGGCCGCCAUGACUGGGUAUUGAAUUUGCCUACUCUGAUGGAGCAGAAUGGGUUUGAGAGCCCACGGUUGGAUCAUUUCCAAGAUCGUGUGGAGCUUGCUACCGCGAAUGGAGAGCAGCAUUUGGUUACCAUGGAGGAGUUUGCACUCUCGUUGGAGAAAAAAGACUUGGUGCAUGAUGCGGAGAAUAUUCGGCUGUUGCUAAAGGAUCUUGCCGUAGAGGCGGUCCAUGGUGUGGCUUUGUCGAUGCCGCGGGUUGUGGCUGUCGCGCGGAAGUCGUAG